GGGCGAAUUGGAGACCUAGGCUUUCAAUGCUUCACGGUUGAGAAGCGAUCAUGACGUACUUGAAGCCAAAAGUCACGAAGCUUGCGAAAGAACUUCUUUGAUCCCCACUAACGAACAGACUGAAUUCCCGUUCUUCAAUGUCAAUGCCGAAGAAGAUCACACAUGCGGCUGUAACGCGCUUCGUCGAAACGAUCCUACCGCUCAAGGAAAACGACGUCCAGCGACUGUACCAUGUCCCUCGAAAUCCUCGCUACGACGCAGAGACUGCGAUAGUUGAGCAGAUUGUAUUGAGCGUGACGCCAACUCCAGGAGUUUACUCUUUGAUUGGCUACCCAUCGGACGACAACAAUGUGGGCUUUGCGGCGCAGAUCUAUCCACGACCACCGCGCACCAUCUGCUUUCUACACCGGCCCUUCAACCUCGAUCGACGCAGCGUGCGCAAAGGCACUCUUAUUCUCUCAAGUCAUACUUCCUUCGACGAGGUACUGACAGUAGGAUGGAACACAGCACUAGCACAAAGGUUGGACAUGGACACAGGGAAUUGUCUCUGUGUCCAAGGCUAUAAAGGAGAUCCAGAGAGGAGGAUUGGAGUCAUUGGUCAGAUCACCGUGCCUCUGCAGGAGCUCCUGAUUCGGAUUCAACAACAGUUUGGCGUUUCCGAACUGGCGCAUGUAGGCUUCUCGGACGAAAUACGCUUCGUCGCCAUCAUGAAUGCCUUCAACGAGGGUGAAGUGCAUCGUGUGUUUCAGAUAGCACAAGAGCGUGGAUGGAUAGUACCGGAUGAAGACGGCCGGCAUCUGCUGUAUCUGACUGGGCAAUCCCGGGUUAGUGGGUUGGAAGCUGCGAAAGCACUGGGCAUGUCGGUAGCUUGUGUCGGGCAUAGGCAAGCGGAAGACUGGGGCGUUCGCUACAUGGGCGAAACGCUGCGUAAGGCCUUUCCAAGUGCACGCGUGAGGGAGAUAUAUGAAGAGGAGAUACAAGUUGUGAAAGAAAAGGAGCCAGCAGUACAAAACCUCGUGAGUCAGUAAUGACGUCUUGGACCGUUGCUCCUAUCUUCUUUAACGACCAAAACGCUCACAACUUGAAACUACU